UGACCACACGGACACACGGACACGUGACCACAGGGACACGUGACCACACGGACACUUGACCACACGGACACGUGACCACUCAGCUCAGCAUGGGACCUGCGUUACCAUGGUGAUAGUGGACGGAGCCUCUGGACGACCUCCACAGGUUCAGCUUGUCGUGGAGAAUCACGUUGCCGACCACGUCCGGCCGCUUCCCCCCCGACGACCACGCGGUGCGACCGCUGCCGGCUGCGACAAAACACACCUUGGUGGGCGGAGCUUCUACCGGAGUUGGACAGGCUCAGGAUGCUGGACGGGUGGCGCUCUCUGGGCGCCGCGAAGCCGGAGAUCCAGCCGCCGAAGUCCCUCCGGAUGUCGUCCACGUCGUAGUACCAGUGCACCGGCAUGGAGGCGGAGUCUGCCGCACACAUCGCCCAGAAGGCCUCGCCCACUGCCCGCCGCACCUGAGACAUGUCACCUGAGGAGGAGGAGCCUGAGGAGGAGGAGGAGGAGCCUGAGGGCUGUUUUGAAGUUUCCUCUGGUGACAGUUCGCGGUUAGCAGCUGUUGUUGCUAGCUAGCUGAAGCUAACAGGCUAACUACAGAUGAGAGAAGCUGCUGCGCUGGAUCCUCGAGAUGUUGAGCGGGCCCAGGCGUUCUGGGCGGAGGAGGACGUGGACCAGAUGUUUGACGGCGUCUCGUCGUACCUGGUCCACCUGAAGAGAGUCCUGAAGAAGCACACGGCCACGGACAGAGAGCUGGUCCAGGGCUGGAAGCUGAUGGAGGUUCUGGACCUGGUUCCACCGGCGCCGGCCCGGGACGCCUCCGUCCUCCAGGUGGUCAUCGGUGCAGGUGAGGUGCUGCCCGCUGACCGCCCACGCCACAGCCCCUCCCCCUCCCCCGUCCCUCCCUCUAACGGCCGGUCCAGCCCUGAAGCGCCCCCUGCUGGCAGAGAGGAGCAGCUGCAGGACCCCCCCCACAGCUGCAGCAAGACGUGCGUGCCCAGAUUACCCAGCAUGCCUCAGUCCAUGCCUCUGUUCUGGGCGCAGAACCCUCUGAAGGUUCCGCUGCUCUGCGGCUUUAAGAGACUGUGUGGGGGGGCGGAGCCUGUGGAGUCCCAGGAGGCGGAGCAGUUGGACGCAGGCGACCGGGCCGUGGUUUACAGAGCGCCUUGUGGACGGAGGCUUCGUAACCAUGACGAUGUGAUGGACUUCCUGUUGGCGACAGAGAUCUACGACGCCCUGCAGGUCGACUUCUUCACCUUCAACCGCUCGGUUCACCUGGACCCGCCUGCGACGCCGAGGUCUCAGCGCCCGGAGCUGGACCUGAGUCGUGGCGUGGAGCCCACGCCGGUGGAGCUGUGCCUGAGUGACGGUGGCGCCCGUCCGGCCGAGUUCCGCUACCGGAGGGAGCGCUGGCCGCACGGCUGCUUCCUGAGCCGCGGCGCCACGCUGUUCAACGCCUGCUGCGACUGCGUGGACGGCUGCACCGACGCAGGCAGCUGCGCCUGCAUCGCCAUGAACAGAGGGGGGCGCUGUUACCGCCACAACAGCCUGAGUGAGGCGGAGCCAUCAGGGCUCUAUGAGUGUGGUCCCUGGUGUGGUUGCGACCGGACUCGGUGUCAGAACCGUCUGGUCCAGCGCGGGAUCCGAGUCCGGCUCCAGGUUUUCGAGACCGAGGGGCGUGGCUGGGGCGUCCGUUGCCGUGACGACGUGGACCGCGGCACGUUUGUGUGCGUCUGCGCAGGUGUGAUCCUGCAGCGGGUCCAGCCCCCCCGGCCCCCCCGAGAGCCGCCGCUGCCCAAGCUGGCGAGGUUCGACCUCCCGUCGGACGACGAGGUGGAGGUGGUCACUGAGUGGCUGGCCCCGCCCGUCCUGGAGGGGCGGAGCAACCUGCCGGAGACGUCUCGGCCACCCAAGUCCCCGCCCACCUCCCCCCCUCUGCACGUGCCGGUGAUCCAGAGGCCGCCGGACGCCGCGGCGCCGCAGGUCCAGUCGCUGGUUCCGGGAGGUCCGGAGCCGCCGCCCCCUUCAGGUGACCAGAAGCUCGGCGUUACCGUGGAGACAGCAAAGACGGUGAGCAGGAAGAAGGGCUCCGAGGCGUCGGAGCAGACGAGUCGGAAGAGGGCGGCGGCGGCGGAGGACGUCCACGUCCUGGACGCCAGCCGCGAGGGAAACGUGAGCCGCUUCAUCAACCACAGCUGCCGGCCGAACCUCUUCAUCCAGAACGUCUUCACCGACUCGCACGACCCCGCCUUCCCCGUCAUCGCCUUCUUCACCAGCAGGCGGCUGACGGCCGGCACCGAGCUCACCUGGAACUACUCCGCUGCCGGACACACGGCCGUGCUGCCCAAACAGGAAGUGGCGUGUCUCUGCGGCAGCGAUGGUUGUCGGGGUCAGUUCGUCGUCGAGGAAAACCUGUGUGACGUCUGCGAGGUCGAAGGUCAGGACGCCCGGUGACGGAGGUUCCCACGCUGCCGCUGUCAACACGACACAUUUCUACUGUUGUUCUGUAAAAACAUGUUUUUUCAUAAUAAAAUGACAAUUAACAAUUAA